AGUAUUAGCUUGACGCAUUGAAAAACAGAGCAACGCGGUAACCGGUAACUACGUUUUGCAAACAAAACAAAAAGCCAAUUUAAUCUUCAUUACAGAGCGAUUUCUUUGUAUAGAAAACACUAAUAACGUCCUUUGUUUCAACAUUGAGUGGAAUUUCUAGUGACAAAAGUCAGGCAGUUUUAUUGAAAUGGCUAACGAUCCCGAAAGGUUUGAUACUAUGCUGCUGGCGAUGGCCCAGCAGCACGAGGGCGGUGUUAAAGAUCUUCUUCACACCAUUGUCAGUUUUCUUUCAAGAAAAACUGACUUCUUUACUGGAGGAAAAGAUGGAGAGUGGGAAAAGGUGGUUAAAGAUACUUUCUAUGCCCACGCAACAAAAGCUAAGGAGGCAGCAGAUAAAAUCAAGAAAGAAAAAGAGGAAGAAGCAAAGAGACUGAAAGAUAUACAGGCAAAGAAAGAGAAGGAGCGUCUUGUACAAGAUUUCGAGCCAGCUAAUGUUGUAGAGCUUACUGACCAAGAGGCUGAUAAAAUGCAAGCUGAUAUAGACAUAGAAAAGAACAAAACAAAAGAGGUAGGAAGUGGCGAUGGUGGUGAAAGCAGCACUGAAGCCGAGAAACCCGCCGAAGAAGAAGAUGAUGACCCCAAAGAAAAAGGCAAGCUGAAGCCGAACGCUGGCAACGGUUGCGAUCUGGAGCACUACCGGUGGACACAGACUUUGGAAGAGGUUGAGCUGCGAGUCCCACUCCGGCAGGUGCUGAGACCCCGCGACCUUACCGUGGUGAUCUCCAAGAAGCAUCUCAAAGUGGGCAUCAAAGGCCAGCCGCUGAUCAUUGACGGGGAAUUAGACGCCGAAGUUAAGAUAGAGGAAUCCACGUGGGUGCUUCAAGAUGGACGCAACCUGCUUGUUAACUUGGAAAAGGUGAAUAAAAUGAAUUGGUGGAGCAGAUUAGUCACGACAGAUCCUGAAAUUUCUACGAAGAAAAUUAACCCAGAGCCGUCUAAACUUUCUGAUCUGGAUGGAGAGACCCGCGGGCUAGUCGAAAAGAUGAUGUACGAUCAGAGACAGAAGGAAAUGGGGCUCCCCACCAGCGACGAACAGAAGAAACAAGAUGUACUCAAGAAAUUCAUGGAACAACAUCCAGAGAUGGACUUCUCGAAGUGCAAAUUUAACUAAUUUAAGUUUAUAUUAUAGUGUCUUAUAUUUAAGCUCAUUUUAUAUUUUUGUUCGUCAUAACAUAUGGCGCAUGGUUUAAGCCUUUUAAUGUCAUACCUGGGCAUUUUCACUUAAAAGUGUACCAUUUUUUUUUUUCGAAAAUCGUUCAAGUUGUGGGUUAUUUCUACUCAGAAUCACGAGGACUAUCGAUUUAAAAAGAAAAAAAAUAUAUGUCCCCAGAAAAAUGACAGUUUUCAUUUUCACAUGGUAUGGGCCGUUACAAAACUGACACACAAAAUUUGUAUGAAAAACUGGGGACACUUUUUUUUUGUCUCUUUCAAUAGUACUGGUGAUUCUGAGCCUAAAUAACCCAAAAGUUGAUGGUUUCUCAAAAAAAAGUAAAUGGUACCAUUUUUUUCUGAAAACACCCACCUAAAUAAAUGUUUCGUUCCUUAUCGCAUUAAAAAUACGUUAUUGGAAUUAAAUGAUACUUAACUCAAUUUAAGAUUGUCCUAAUGGCUUGCUUGUAAAUUAUGUCUGAGAAUUAUUUUUAGUUUUCAUUUGGAAAUGUAACCACAAUAAGCAAUUACGAGAUUAUAUCCAAUGUUGGAGUUGGGCGGUUGAAUACAAGCGUUUUUUUUGCGUGUAUAGGUAUGGUAGUUUCGUAAUUUCGCUAUAUAUGCUACAUUUGGCCUGUACGCGCCUCGAAAAACGAGCUUAUACGUGCGUAUAAAACGCUAGUCUGUAACCGCCCUAAGGGUCAUUUCAAUUACUAAAUUGUGCUAAGCUUUGCCAUAUAAGCGGACUAAACUCAUCUGGUUCUAAUCUAAUGUAUUAACGUAUUUAUACUUGCUAUUGUGUUAUAUUCAGUUUUUUUUAAAUAUAUAUUUAGGGAACUAAAAUCUUUAGCAAUUUAACCUAGCAAACAUGUUGUCAUUCCGAUUGAUACUUACCGAUUACUUGAAAUAAACUCUUCAAGAUACA